AGCACCUCGAGUCGGCGAGACGCCUACCGACUUUACGCUUUUGCUUGCGAUCUCGUGCUGUCAAGGAAAAGAUGUCUGCUCUGGCAAUCCUUCGUGCGGCAAGACUUCGGGCUCCGUCCAUAAUGAAGACUGCUGCCGCUCGAAAUGCUCCAUCCCCACUUUUUUUCCACUCAACGGCACGAGCAGCGUAUGCAACCGAGCAGAAGCCCCCUACCCAAUCCUCGGAAUUGCAUGAAUACGGCCGUUUUAUCGUUUCCUGUCUGCCAAAGUACAUCCAACAAUUCUCCAUUUACAAGGACGAACUUACGCUCUAUGUCGCUCCUACUGCUUUGAUUCCCACAAUGCUUUUCUUGCGUGACCACACUGCGUGUCAAUUCAAGCAGAUUGCCGACAUUGCGGGUGUAGAUUAUCCCAGCCGCUCCAACCGCUUCGAAGUCGUGUACAACAUGCUUUCUCUGCGCUACAACACUCGUAUCCGGGUCAAGACCUACGCGACGGAAGUUUCACCUGUCCCGUCUGUGACGUCCUUGUUUCCUGGUGCCAACUGGUUUGAGAGGGAGGCCUACGAUAUGUACGGAAUUUACUUUGUGAACCACCCAGAUUUGAGGAGGAUCUUGACGGAUUACGGCUUUGAGGGACACCCGAUGCGUAAGGAUUUCCCAUUGACCGGAUAUGUGGAGGUUCGCUAUGAUGAUGAGAGGAAGAGGGUCAUUGCCGAGCCGUUGGAACUAUCCCAACACCUUCGUGCGUUUGAAUACCAGUCUCCAUGGGAACAAACUGGCCCUGGUGUGCCCCAACCAACACUCCUGCAAAAGAGUGAACCAUCUGAGACCCCAAAGGAUGCCAAGCCAGCGCAGUAGAUGGGAUGUGUGGCACUAUGUAGAAGUGGCAAAAAUAUCUGUUUAAAGACGCGACAGAACGUGCCUGGCGGUCGGAUAAUACCUGUUUGGCGGACACUGAACCUUUUGGCGUGGAAUGAAGGGUAGUAUUUACAUAUAUCUGUCAAAAGAAAGUCAUGAACUCAUACACUACGCAAAGUGGAGAACCGC